GGGUUCAGACUCGGAGGAUAAAUGAGGGAGUCGCGCGCAGAAACACUGAAAACAACAGAAGCGCUUUGAGUCGGGGGAGGUGAUUUAAACUGCAGCUUUCAAGUCUUUUUAAUUUUAUUUUAUUUUAACUUAGCUCACAGGCAGCGGGUCGGGAUGCCGUUCCUCGGGCAGGACUGGAGGUCACCGGGUCAGAACUGGGUCAAAACCGAAGACGGGUGGAAAAAGACAGCAGCAGAGGACAGGAACAACAAUGUGUCUGUGGACAGUUUCUGCAAAGUGAAGGAGCCGGAGUGCUUCAACAAGGAGAACCUGCUGCUCUCCUUCAGCUACGACAUGGCUGCCAAGAAGAGGAAGAAAGACCUCCAGAACCAAAACACCAAGAUCCCCUAUUUCCACAUGGAGAAGUGGAUUUACGUCCAUAAAGGAAGCACCAAGGAGCGUCACGGAUACUGCACGCUCGGCGAGGCCUUCAACCGCCUGGACUUCUGCAGCGCCAUCAAGGACUCGAGGAGGUUUAAUUACGUCGUCAGGCUCCUGGAGCUCAUCGCCAGGUCCCAGCUGCCCUCGCUGAGCGGAGUGGCGCAGAAGAACUACAUGAACAUCCUGGAGCGGGUCGUUCAGAAAGUCCUGGACGACCAGCAGAACAUCCGGCCCAUCAAAGAGCUGCUGCAGACGCUGUACGUCUCUCUGUGCAGCCUCGUCCAGGACAUGGGCAAGUCCGUCCUGGUGGGGAACAUCAACAUCUGGGUGCACCGCAUGGAGAACAUCCUGCAGUGGCAGCAGCAGCUGGACAACAUCCAGAUUAAGCGGCCCACGUGUACAGGCGUGACUCUGACCCAGCUGCCGGCCAGCCUACAGCUGAACAUCAUGCAGCGUCUCACGGACGGCAGGGACCUGCUCAGCCUGGGACAGGUGUGUCUGGAGCUGGGGACGCUCACUGAGGACCGCCUGCUGUGGAAGAAGCUCUGCCAGUACCACUUCACCGACAGACAGAUCCGUAAGCGUCUGAUGGUGUCGGACAAAGGUCACCUGGAGUGGAAGAAGAUGUACUUCAAGCUGAGCCGCUGCUGUCCUCUCAGAGAGCAGUACAGCGACACGCUGCACCUCUGCACGCACUGCCACAUCCUCUUCUGGAAGGACACAAACCAUCCGUGCACGGCCAACAACCCAGAAAGCUGCACAACCUCCCUCUCCCCACAAGACUUUAUCAGUCUGUUCAACUUCUGAACCCCCCACCCCGCCCCAUGGACUGACUGUACAUACUGCUGCUGUACAUAGGAGUGUUUCUGUUAUUGUGUGGUUCUGGAUGGACGCUGAGUUGCUGCGUGACAGGCAGUGGGACAACUAUGCAAUUUUUAAAAAUAGUUUUAUUUUUUGCAAGAACGGACGGUCCACGAAGAGAGAUUCAAAAGUCACUGAAUAUGUGACGAAGAUCUGAAGGGGACGUGGAAACACACGAGUUUAAGUUAAAUGUCGGAAAUGACAGCGGUUUUUCUUGUUCGGAGGAUUUUUGGCAACUUUUUUAUUUUUUGAGAUUUAAGUAGGGAGCCUAAAAUGGUGAUAUACCAGGUCUGAGCACAGUGGGGGAGGUGCAAUAUGUGUAGCAGAAAUUAUCUUUUUAUAUUCGUUUUUUUAUUCCACUGCGGUGAUGAAGUGAAAUGAAUGGAAGUAAAAGUAAUUCACAGGAAUAUGGAGGAUUUUUUUUUUUUUGGACACAUUGUAAUGUUUGGUUUUUGGUUUGUUUUUUCACUUUUAUAUGGAUCUGUUUUCUUAAAUUGUCUUUUUUUUAAUAGCAGCACCUGAGUGUAGGAUCACCUCAGAUUGUAAUUAAAGCCAGUACAUUAUUGGUGUGUGCCUUUAUAGACUUGAAGCAACUCUGGUACAGUAUGUGUCUCGUCUGCAACUCAUUUUUACUUAUUUAUGUUUUCCCUUUUUUAACUUGCCAUAAAGUGUCUGAGUUACAAAAGAGCUCUGAUAGCAAAGCUGACUGUUGGAAGCAUCUUAGUUUGCAAAAAAUUAAAAAAAAAGUCUUGUUUUUGUUUUCUUACACAGCUUAUUGUUUACUUAUUUAUUGAGAUUUGGGCAGGUGGUUCAUCUUACACGCCUGAGUUUGAACGAAAGCUGCAGUUUGGGUCUGGCGCUGCAGAACGAUGCACGUGUUAUUCAACGCAGUCUGUUUAUGUUGAAUAAAAAGACGAAUCGUGUCGAAGAAGUUUGAUGU